UCUUUUCCAUCUAAUCUCGUAUUUCAUGUUCAAAAGAAUCGCGUGAGAGAUUUUCUCAGUUAUGGGAAUAAUAAACAUUCCAAGAAAAAGGGUCAUUUAGAUAUCGAGUCUGUCAGUCAACGGGAUAACUUUGUUACGCGUCUUAAAAGGUUUUUUGGCGGUGAAACAGAAUUAGAUCAAAUUCCAUUACUCGAACAGUCAGAUCAACAGCAGAACCCUAACUCUGAAGAUAUUCGAAGAGAUGGUCCCCUCACAAGCGAGCAGGUCAACGAUGAACCAACCGAGAUGCUCAUGGAUGAUUAUCACGAACGUCAAGCAUUGAAGGCCGACUUCAUCGCUGCACAUCCGAAUUACGAUGCUUCGCUUUGGUUCUUUUGCCCUCAUAACAAGUUUCGACGGUUCUGUCAGCUUCUUGUUCCGUCGAGUCAUGGAAAACGCAUCUUUGGCACUCCCCAUUCGAAAGAAUUGAGUUUUGUAUUCAACACAAUAAUUUAUUUGUGUGUCAUUGCAAGCGUGGUCAUUGCUACAAUUGCGGUUCCUACGUACAUAAAAAAACAUUACGUCCGCUUUGAUGGGUCCUACUCGAGGUAUACCUGGUUCUGGUGGACGGACGUGGUUUUCACCAUUGUGUUCACCAUCGAAUUUCUCAUCAAAAUCAUUGCCGAUGGUUUUCUAUUGACACCAAAUGCCUAUAUGUUAAACGUUUGGAAUCAACUGGAUCUUUUCGUUCUUAUUACUUUUUAUGUAAACAUUGUGAUUGGCGCUAAUGUCAGCUCAUCUGGCGUAUCGAAAGUAUUUCGGGCGCUGAAAUCGCUUCGUGCUCUAAGGUUGAUUAACCUAACGAGCUCAACAAAAGAAAUUUUCUAUGCAAUCCUAAUUUCAGGAGCCCCGAGAAUAUUUGACGCAUCCAUCCUGUCCCUCGGCCUAAUCAUACCUUAUGCGAUAUACGGAACGAACAUUUUUGCCGGACUUUUCCUCUUAUGCAAUGAUGACUCCGUGAGCAAUAAGACUCAGUGUGUUGAUGAGUACAUUGGAUCACCAAUUCUUCAUUGGAGCUUCCCCUUGCCAAGGGUUUGGACCAAACCCUAUUCGUAUAGUUUCGAUGAUUUCAAGUCAAGUUUUCUGAUUCUGUUUGAAAUCGUGUCUGAAGAAGGUUGGGUUGAUGUUAUGUCAAGUUCCAUGACAAUUGCCGGACGGGAUUUGCAACCUCAGCCGAAUGCAUCGAUUUGGAAUGCAAUAUACUUCUGUGUGUUCAACCUGGCGGGUGCAGUUUUCGUUUUGACCAUGUUUGUUAGCGUCAUUGUUGCCAAUUAUCAAGAGAAAUCCGGGGAUGCCUAUCUCACUGAGGAACAAAAGCGUUGGGUAGAUCUUAAGAAAUUGCUGAAACGAAUCAAACCAUCGAAAAGGCCAAAAGUUCGACCGACAGGUCGAUUUAGGUCUUUAUGUUUUGAUUAUGCGGCAGAAAAGAGAGGCACCUGGCAUAAAUUUAUUACUGGAGUGUAUAUCCUACAUAUCCUGUUACUCAUGACUGAAUUUCGAAACUCGACACAUUGGUUUGGACUUUUCAGACAUAUCCUUUUCGCCAUUUUCAUAUUGAUCUAUGUCCUCGAUGUCCUUGUAAAAUUAAUUGGCUUCGGUUGGAAAGUUUUCAGGAGCGAUCGAUGGAACCUUUUUGACGUGGUGGUUGUUCUCGGUGCUGCCGUGACCACGGCACCAACUGUAUAUCCGUUAUUUAAAAACGAACUCAUAUCUCAGCUUCAGAAAGUAUUUUUGCUGUUGAUAACUCUUAAAUUGUUUCAAAAAAACGACACGAUGAACCAAUUAUUCAAGAACGUGAUUGGGAGUCUUUCAUCUAUCUUUAAUCUAUUUGCAGUAUGGUUCAUCAUCUUUCUCAUCUACGCAAUAGUAUUUAUGGAGAUAUUUGGGCUCACCAGAUAUGGCAAUAACGGAAAUGAUCAUGUAAAUUUUCGAAAUUUUGGUAACUCCAUGCUGACGCUUGCUCGAAUGUCCACAGGCGAAGGUUGGAAUUCUAUUAUGCAUGACUUCACUGUUGAAUCACCAUUCUGCGUAGAAGACAAGUCAUUCUUCAAUUCUGAUUGUGGAAGUACCAAAUGGGCUUAUUUUCUGUUUAUCUCAUGGAGUGUGUUGUCCAUGUAUAUAUUUACAAACAUGUUCAUCGUCGUCGUUGUGGAUAAUUUUUCAUAUUGUUAUCAAAUUGCUGCCGAAUUUUCUUUGAUUAAUCGAGACGAGAUCAGAAAAUAUCCUUUUAUUGUUUCUCCCGACUUUCGUAAAAAAGCUUGGGGUCUGGUAGACACAGAUCGAACAGGAUACAUAAAGAGUCGAGACUUUUCAAGAUUUUUUGCCAAACUCGAAGGAUCCUUUCGGGUUCGGAUCUAUGAUGACGAAUUCCUUGUUCCGAAUUUAAUCAAGAACUCAAGAGUCGAUAGCGAAGCCAUCGGGAAUAAAAAGGGAACAAAUAUUCUUAAAGUCGGUUAUCUGGAUGUCAGAAAAUUAGAAAAAUGCUUGAGCAAAAUAAAUUUGAGCAAAGUAUACGAAAGGCGAAAAAUGUACAACUGCAUUUAUCAGGAAGCGUUGCUAUCGAUCGAAAAAGAUGUUAACGGAAACGAAAAAGGAAUCUCCUUUACCAAUAUGCUCUUGACGCUUGCUCACUAUAAGCUUAUCGAUGACGAUAAAUGUCUACAGAUACAAGAAUUUGUCAAAAGAAAAGCAAAAACCGAGAGAAUUGCAGACAAUGUCAAUAAAGAUCGAGUAAAAUCAUUGUUACGCGCAAUCUAUUUGCGUCGAAAAUACAAAAGCAUCAAAGAUCAACGUUCAAGCACAGGAAAAACAAAUGAACCAGUUCCCAAGAUCUUGGUCGAUAUGUUUAAUGAUAAAGAACAAGAGAAGACAAGAACGCCGAGUCUCAUAAUCGAUACAGGAACAAAUUCACAAAAAAUCAGAAUUUCUAUGUAUUCAGCUGGCGCACAAAAUUCUCCCGGAUCCGAUGAACCGCCAACCAGAAACUCCUUAAGUCCACUUUCAACUCAUAGUGCGCUAGAUCAUUCGCUAACAAGAUAUUCAGGAAAUAUGUCACCUAUAAUAGAUAAUAAUACAUGGGAUCUAAUCGACAUUAAUACCGAGAUGGACGAAGAAACAGCAAAUCGAGUGUUAACCACUUUUCACAAUACUCAUUGGCACGUCAUAAUAAAGAUGUCCGUUAAAUCACCUGAAUAUAUAAAUCAAAAUGACUUGAAGGAUCUUAUCAAAGAUAAAAGUAAAGUUCCCAGUGUUGAUUAUUUGGUUUUUGACGUUCGCGACGAUGAUUAUGUG